UAUUUUGAAAAUUUUCAACUUGAUUUUCUUGUACUCAUGGCACCAAUUCUAUUGGACUCAAUGGGGAACGACCACAGUGAAUAUAUCAAACAAGAGGUUCAUGUAAAAAAUCCCUACUUGCACACUCUGGAGGAGGACAUUCUGUAUCACUUCAGCUUAAGUACCAAGUCUCACAACCUGCCAGAGAUGUUUGGCGACAUCAAGUUUGUCUGCGUCGGCGGCAGCGCCAAUCGGAUGAAGGCCUUCGCUCAGUUCAUCCACCGAGAACUGAAACUUUCCGGCGACCCGACGCAAGUCCACGAUAUUUGCGAGGGAACCGAUCGCUACUGCAUGUAUAAAGUGGGACCGGUUCUGUCAAUAAGUCACGGCAUGGGCGUGCCGUCCAUCUCCAUCAUGCUCCACGAGCUCAUCAAACUGCUCCACCAUGCCCACUGCAAGGACGUGAUCCUGUUUCGUCUCGGAACGUCCGGCGGAGUCGGUCUGGCUCCGGGCACGGUGGUGGUGACGGAAAAGGCGGUGGACUACUCCUUCCGGCCUCAGUUUGAGCAGGUGGUUCUGGGUAAAGUGAUCACGCGUAGCACGGAGUUGGACGAAGGUGUCGCCAGUGAGCUUCUGCAGUGCUCCAAAGAACUGCAAAACCUUCCCGCUGUGAUCGGGAACACCAUGUGCACCCAUGACUUCUACGAAGGUCAAGGACGACUCGAUGGGGCUCUGUGCUCCUUCUCAGAAGAAGAAAAAUUGGAGUACCUGAGGAAAGCGUACGAAGCCGGCGUGAGGAACAUCGAAAUGGAGUCCACCGUGUUUGCGGCCAUGUGUCGCAUGUGUGACAUCAAAGCGGCCGUCAUCUGCGUCACACUGCUGAACCGCUUCGAGGGCGACCAGAUUACGUCCCCUCACGAUGUUUUGGUGGAGUACCAGCAGAGACCUCAAGUCCUGGUGGCCCAUUUCAUCAAGAAACGGCUAGGACAUAUUGUUUGAAAAAAAUCCUUGCCCUUUUAAUCAAUGUAUAUAGAUAUCACAGACGUGUGUGUAUAUACUGUACCUAAUGUUCAUAUCUUCUAUUUAGACACUUUGAUUAAGUUAAAUAUGAUGUCGACUGCAUUUGCGUUUGUAUUGUGUCAGUUUGGUGCUAUAACGUGUUACUUUGAUUGCUGGAAAAACAAAAUGAAUAUUACAUUAUUUGUUGUUUUUAUUUCUUGUUAGAGGUCUCAUUCUCGGUCAAAACAUGGCCACGUGCUUGUAGCAUUGUAGCGUUGAAUGCCUCACGAUGAAAAAUGUUACAACGCGGUCGUGUCGUGAUAUUUGGUGCUUGUAGUCAAUGCAAUACAAAUAAAGUUUUCAUGAAAACACAA